CACAUGCUCGGUGCCGAUCCAGAAUUAGAUUUCCUCUGAUUUCCUCCAGGCUCCGCGUCAGUCGUUCGUCUGUGCUGACACCGUUGCGACAAAAAAUAAUCCCCCUACACACCGUACCAUGCCAUGCCACGCCCACUGUUCGGCGUCUGCAGCUGAAGAUCUAAAGACGCUGAUCUUGAAAUCUGAUGUUUCCCCACUGCAAUCAUCCAAGUCACCAGAAGCCAGUUUGUCCGUCCACACACCUCCACACGUUUGCCUUUCUGUUUCCCCCCACAACGACCAACCGGCUUUGUACUUUACUUCGCGACCAGAGUAAAGUCGAAGCGUGGCCGCGUAGACAGAGCUCCUCCUAUUAGCUGCUGUUUGUCUCAGCUGCCUAAAUAUACAAUACCAUCUGCGAUACCUACGGCCCCCUCUCCCCUCCGCGCACCCCAAGUAUGACGGUGCUGGAGGCUGAGACCCUUUCGGUUCCGACAUCGACGACGCUGGACAUCUCCCGCUCCACCUCUCCUGUCGCCAACCGUCAACCGUCGCGUUCGCCGCACCCCUACCGCCGUCGACAGGAGUCCAAAAGACCUGCGCUUCAACACCACUCCUACCCCCCGACUCCAGCGCUAUUGUCGUCUCCCGAGUCCUCGAAGCCUGGAACCCCCCAGAAAUCUAGCUAUUCCGAGUCCGGCACGGAGGCCGACGAUGAAUUGACGCGAAGACUCCCGGCGCCCCCAGCGCUAAGGCGCAUCUCCUCCGAGGAUGAGGUUUGGAACCGUGACGGCAGCGGGUUAAGGGGGAGGGGACGACAACGCAAUGGGGCUCCGUCGAAAGCGGAAAGGCCAAAGAAGAGAGCGGGUAUCGCCUUCAUCAGAAGGGCUAUCGAGGUUGCGCUGUCGCUGGUGCUGGUUGUUGUCGCUCUGUUGGGACAGGAAAAUAGAGCUUGGCGGGAGAUGCUGCUCCGAAAGAAAGAGGUCAUAUGUUGGUUGAUUCCAUAUCUAGGCUUGGUCGCCGCGUAUCCCUUCCGGGUGCUGCUACGUGACGGCACCGUGCAGCUUCCGCGCUCACUUGAUCCUUCGCCGUUGCUAUAUCCAUCGCUAUUUCCUGUCCUCAUCGCGCUGUCCCUCACACCGGUAGGAGCAGGCAUUUCGAAUCCGUUCCUGCUGGUUAACCUGGUCCUAUCGAUCUCCAACCUACCACCUAUACUGGCGUCUUCAUGGAACCUGCAGUGGCUUUUGUCGCUGUUACCACUACUGCCGUCCCAGUGGGAUCAGGGCCAAAUACCAAUCAACGACACGCUCUCCCUCAUCACACCCAUUAAUAUAACUUUAACUUCUGCUCUGACGAGCAUCCUACAUCCAUCCUUGACUUCGAGCGAGCUGCGUCUGCUCUCGUCGGCGCUGAUCAACCUUCUCUUCCAUGCGUCAUCUCCGCAAGCUGUCAUCCUUAGGGCUCUGGUAUGGGGCGGUGGUGUGGCUGUUUUUCUUCUAUGCGAAGACGUCAUCUCAUGGAAUGUUAUGCUCGCCCGUGUUCCCAUCCACCGCUUUCGGCGUGCCGGAUACGCCAUCAUUGGGGCCAGUCGGCUGCGCAGGUUGGCAGGACUGGAGAAAGGCAUUUGGUCUACGUACACUCAAGCAAGCGACAGCGAGGCGGAGAUCACCACGCCCAUCAGGCGGCAGGCCAAGCCCAGAAAGGGAUCAUAUUUUGCUACGCUCACCAAGGAACAAGCCAGGGUGCGCCGGCUGGGAUAUACUGCAUGUGUAUACAGCAUUGUGCUGGGAAGUGUUUUCUUUGCGUUGAGGCCUUACAUCAGGGAUCAUGCCCUUGACGGUAUGGACCCAUUUGUAUGGGCUCCUGGCUACGUGUUCUGCGGUCAGAGCUGGUAUCAGCGACUCGUGGACCGGUUCAGUCCCGGAUCUGGAUAUUGCGUAACGGCUGGGUCCACGGCAGCGGCAAAUUUGCGACUAGGCAUCGUCGGCUUCUGGGCUGUCAUCCUCACCAUCGGACUCACCGUGGUGACGACAUUUGCACACAAGCUGGAGGUUGAUACCCGCCGCAAGAUAUUCCACGGCAUGGUGGUGCCCAUGUUUCUGAUCCCUGGGCUGCUCGACCCACCGUUCACCCACCUCUGCCUCAGCAUUGCCGUAGCCCUGUUCCUACUCGUUGACCUAAUCCGUGCCGGCCAACUUCCCCCCGCUAGUCAAUACAUCGCCCGGUUCCUGCAACCAUACGUUGACGGCCGCGACCUCAAGGGCCCCAUGGUCAUCUCGCAUGUGUUCCUCCUCGUCGGCGCCGGCAUGGGCUGGUGGCUGACCCUCGCCUCACGCUGCCAGAGCGGCUGGGACUGGGAAGAGCCCGCAUCCCUCACGUUUUCCACCGGCGUUGCGUGCGUUGGCCUCGGCGACGCGGCGGCAUCCCUCAUCGGCCGCCGGUUCGGCCGCCACAAGUGGGGCUGGAAAGGCGGGAAGAGCGUGGAGGGCAGCCUGGCAUUCACGGUAGCGGUGGUUUCCGGGCUGGUCGUGGCGAGACUGUGGAUCGUCGGCACUGACAUGGGGGACUGGGGGGUAAUGGUCUGGGCGAAACUGCUGUUUGCGGGCGCGUGGGGGAGUAUGCUCGAGGCUACGGCGACGGGCGUUAAUGAUAAUGUGGUGGUGCCCGUCGGUGUGUGGGUCAUUGUCCGUGGGUUAGGACUAUGAUACCUAGAUGUACUUUGUAGUUAUAGAUAGACUUUUUUUCUACUUUUUUCCUUUCUUUCUUUUCUCCGGGGUAUUAUACAUCUCCAACUCUAAUAUUUUCAUCGGAAUGGUAUGGUUUUCUCUCUUUCUUUGAUUACGGGGCGUUGGGAAAUGUAAGGAGUUCAUUCUAGACCUGGAAAUAAGAGCUGCUUUUCGUUCGUUGGUCUA